AUGACGGCCGAAGGCAGUAUACUAGCAUCAAAGAAAAUCCUUGUCUCGGGAGGCACGGGGUUUGUGGGCGCCGCCACUGUGCGCGGCCUCGCAGAGAAACACCCGGGUUGCGCCAUCACUGUUCUUGAUCAGAGUCCGCCACGGGCCCAACAUGCACUGCCAGAGAAGAUCAACUUCAUACAAAUCGAUGUCAGCUCGAGAACCGAAGUCAGCGAGGCUCUCCAAGUGAUCCAACCGGACCUUGUCAUUCACACUGCAGGGAUCGUGCCAGCUCUUGCCGACCGUUUCGGGCGGCGACUUGAGCGCGAAGUAUGGAGAGUCAAUGUCCAAGGCACAAAGAACAUGCUCGAUGCAGCCGUCGAAUCUGGCGUCGAGGCCUUUAUCUACACUAGCACAUGCUGUGUGACAACUGAUGACAUGAGGUUCCCUUACCCCAAUAUUAAUGAGGCAUGGCCAACAUCGCCAACCUCCCUAAUAUAUGGCGAGUCUAAGGCUGCUGCAGAGGCUCUAGUCCUGCAGGCAUCCAGCGGUAAGAUGGUGACAUGCGCCCUUCGACCCUCGGUACUCUUCGGACCUGGAGAUUACCAGCUAAUUCCAUCCAUCCACGCAUGCAUUGCCAAAUAUGAAACUCCCUUCAUAAUCGGGGAUGGAUUCAAUCUGUGGGAUGUCACCCACGUGAGUAACGUUGCCGAUGCUCAUGUUCUCGCAGCGGAAAACUUAAUGACCUCGCGUACGGCGGCGGGCGAGGCAUUCUUCAUUCAGAAUAAUGAACCGAUCACCUUUCGGGAUUUUUGCCUAGCCAUCUGGGCACAGUUUGGCCAUGUUCCGCCCUUCGAGGUUCAUGUCCCGGAAGGCCUAGCGCAUGUGGCAGGGUUAGUAUGUGAAUUGGCCACUUGGGCAACGGGAUCUUCCACUACCCUAAGUCGAGGAAGCGUCCGGGAUGCAUGCGCCAUGCGAUAUGCUAGCGGUGAUAAGGCCAGUACCAUUCUGGGGUACGAGCCUCGGAUUGGUAUCGAAGAAGGCAUCCGAUUGAGCUGUCAAGAGUAUGCCCGUCGUAUCGGAGUAAAACUACCACCGCGAGGACCGUAA